AUGGGAGCAAGAGACCAGCGCGCAUUUGAACGUCCAGACUAUCUCAAUCUCUCAUCCGCGACUUUACACACGGCUAUCAUCGCGAAGAACACAGCCCAGGAGUCUGAACGUGCUGAGGACUCCUCACCGUCAAUCAUAGCGCCGCAAGAUGGCACUGAGUCGGUGCCACAUAUUCCUGACAGUACCGAAGAGCCGCGGGCGGCUGUCUUCGACCCUCAGCAGCGCCUUCACUUCUUGGAUCUGCCAGAGGAUAUUCUGACGAGCGUCAUGGCUACGAUCGGGCCCUUUGACGUUCGCACACUCCGAAGUACAUGUAAACUCUUGGACGCCGUCUCGCGCCGACGCUGGAUAUGGAUGAAGGUUAUCCGAAAUAAUCCACCAUUGCAAGAUGAGAAUCCUCUCCUGGCGUCGCCCAUGACGUCCGCUACCUCCUCGGAUCUGGAGAAGCUUGCGAUGACCUCGUCGCUACUGGCGCACUUGGCGCGGCCCCGAGACGCAUCCAAAAGUUGCCUCAUACCGCGAAAGAUAAUGACUGUGCCGGUUUUGGACCCAAUACGCGCGUUUCCCCUGAUUUAUCGCAAUGAAGGCUCAAUGCCUGAGGUGUUCCUCGUUCCGGGAGGACACUAUGUCCUAGUCAACCUACGAUUCGAGCAUGAGGUGAUGCUCUUCCGUUUUGAUGCCACCGAUUCGACCAAGCUGGCAACUCUCAUCCUUGAAGAUUUACCAUACUACGUCGGGGAUAUCAAGGUAGUCGAAGGGGGUGAUAUAGGUUUCUCCUCGAGUUCCAGGUGCGAAACGAGGAUCCCAGAUCUUAUGACGCUACUUGCGUGGCCCUUGGAGAGAAUUUCGCUGUCUUGGGUGAAGGACGCGGUGUAG